AGAUCCCAAAACGGUCAUCGUAACUAAUGUCAUUCUCUCAAAUGAACAGAGUAAUCGACAAUCAAUUGAGACAAUUGGCAUGACGCUAAUCUAGUCUGAUUGUUCAAUUUUACAUGUCCGUCUAAAUGUUUAAAUAUAAAUUUUGUUAAGUGAUUGUGAGUUUACUUAAGUUUUUAAUUGUUUCUUCAUGCCUAGGCUAAAACAACAAGACUUUCUUGUAAAUAUAUUUAAAGUGCUUUUAAUUACGCAAGAUGUCGAGCAAGUUGUGGAAAGCUCUCACGAGGAAGAGAAUCGACAGAGAUUUAGAGGGCAAAGGGAAAUUGGCCAGAGUUCUUGGUCUCUUUGAUCUCACGGCUCUGGGAGUCGGCGCGACGUUGGGCCUCGGGGUCUACGUCCUUGCCGGAAGUGUUGCCAAAGGAACCGCAGGUCCUGCGGUCUGCAUUUCCUUCCUGAUUGCGGCGAUUGCGUCAGCUUUGUCGGGAAUGUGCUACGCUGAGUUCGCUUCCCGCGUGCCCAAGGCGGGAUCUGCUUACGUUUACAGCUACGUCACUAUUGGAGAAUUCGUCGCUUUUGUCAUCGGCUGGAAUCUCAUACUCGAGUAUGUAAUUGCGACGGCGAGUGUUGCCAGGGGGCUCAGUAAUUACGUCGACUCGUUGAUUGAGAAUAAGAUGAGAAAUUAUUUUCACUCGGUCAUGCCAAUAAAUGUGUCAUUCCUGUCGGAGUAUCCAGACUUCUUUGCCUUUACGGUUGUUCUGCUUCUGUCUCUUCUUCUUUGCAUCGGCGCGCAGGAGUCGUCGUACCUCAACAUGGGAUUUACGGCAGUAAAUUUGACGACUGUUUUAAUUGUCAUUGUCGCAGGAUCUAUCAAAGCUGAUCCGGCAAAUUGGAACAUCGACCCGGCGAAAAUUCCUCCAGAGUUCAAAAAUGCUGGGACCGGUGGAUUUAUGCCCUUUGGAAUAAGCGGAGUUAUGAUCGGAGCGGCAAAAUGUUUCUAUGGAUUCGUCGGGUUCGACGCGGUCGCCGCCACGGGAGAAGAAGCGAAAAAUCCACAAAAAACAAUUCCGCUUGCAAUAGUAAUUUCUCUUGCUGUCAUCUUCGCGGCCUACUUCUCUAUCUCUACAGUUCUUACGAUGAUGUGGCCUUACUAUGACCAAGAUUCAGAAGCGCCACUUCCUUAUGUCUUCCAGCAAAUUGGCUGGCCGUCAAUUAAGUGGAUCGUUAAUCUCGGCGCUGUUUCUGCUCUCUGUACAAAUCUUCUAGGUUCAAUGUUCCCGCUUCCUCGGAUUCUCUAUGCCAUGGGAAGUGACGGAGUGAUGUUCAAAUUUCUUGCCAAAGUUCACGACAGAACACGCACUCCAAUUUUCGGAACUCUAGUUUCUGGAAUAUUCAUAGGUCUGAUGACUCUCAUGUUCAAUCUCGAGCAACUGAUCGACAUGAUGUCCAUUGGAACCCUGCUGGCGUACACCAUAGUCGCCAUUUCCGUCCUAGUUCUCAGGUAUCAGAAGACAAAUCAAGGGGUUAAAAUUUCCAUGAAUACGAUACCGGAAGAGCGGCCAUCGCCUCUAGAUUAUUGUAGGCAAAUUUUCAAUGUUGACAACCAAACAGUUCCCAGCGACUUCUCCAGCGAAAUUUCCAGCUGGGGCAUAGUUGUUUUCGCAUCAGCGGCAUUUAUAUUUGGUUUGAUUUUCAAUUGUGUGCACUUUGAUGAUAGUGCGAUUAAUGUUUUCCUUUACGUUAUUUUAAUACUGAUAGGCAUUAUUCUUGUUGUUACCGUAUUCGCCAUUAGUAGACAACCCAUUGAUCCAAUAAAACUCGCUUUUAAGGUCCCAUUAGUCCCUUUCUCUCCCUGCCUCAGUAUAUUUAUAAAUCUAUUUUUAAUGCUUCAAUUAGAUGUUUUUACAUGGAUCAGAUUCGCUGUAUGGAUGGUUAUAGGUUUUUGUAUCUACUUUUUCUAUGGAAUGAAAAAUAGUCUGCAAGGUCAAAAAAAUAUCGCGCGACUUCUCGACACACCAUUGCAAUAAAAUAUUUGUAAUUAUUUUUGUA